UUUUCUUCCUCUCUCUCUCUAUUUAUACAACUUCAUCCACUUACGGUCCCUACAUCAUUGAAUUCAUCCAUUUCUCUCUCUCUCAAUUUCUCAACCAAAAUCCAAAAUCCAAACUCCAAUCAUGGGAAGAACACCAUGCUGUGAAAAAGAUGGUCUCAAGAAAGGCCCAUGGACUCCAGAAGAAGACCAGAAACUGAUUGAUUACAUUCAGAAACAUGGCUAUGGAAACUGGAGAACCCUCCCCAAGAAUGCAGGUCUUCAGCGAUGUGGAAAGAGCUGUCGUCUUCGAUGGACUAACUAUUUGAGGCCGGAUAUUAAGAGAGGAAGAUUUUCUUUUGAGGAGGAGGAGACCAUUAUUCAGUUGCAUAGCAUUUUGGGUAACAAGUGGUCUGCAAUUGCGGCUCGACUGCCUGGAAGGACAGACAACGAAAUAAAGAACUAUUGGAACACCCACAUCAGAAAAAGGUUGCUGAGAAUGGGAAUCGAUCCAGUAACCCACAAUCCGCGACUCGAUCUUCUGGAUUUGUCUUCAAUUCUUGGCUCGUCUCUCUACAGUUGCAAUAUUCCUUCUUCUCAGAUGAACAGUUUCUCAAGGUUGAUCGGAAUCCACAACUCAAUCAACCCGGAGCUUCUCAGAUUGGCCAACUCCUUCAUGAAAAGUCCAAAUUUUCUGCUACAAAAUGUUGAACAAGAAUCCCAAAACUACGUCGUAUCUCAGCUACAGUUAGUUCCACAAGUACCCCACCAAAUUGACCAAUCGUCCCCCCUCCCGCCGCUGCAUGAAGUUUCCGGUUGCAGCCCGUCCACCACUGCCACCUCUUGCGGCGGCGAAACCCAAUUGUUAGACCCAUCAAAUUUCCUCGACUUUAAUUACUCCCAAAACUACCCAAACCCUAACGAAAUUCCCUCAAAUCUGAACCAUUUUUCCUCUCUGGACUGUGCCCAGGUUCCAAAUUACGAUUUUGAAGAACCCCAUCAACAAUACAUGGACUACCCUUCCUCUGAAACCUCCACUCUGAACUCCAAUUCCACGUAUUUCAGUGCCAACAAUGGCAAUGGCACUGAUCAGGACGAGAGAGAAAGUUACUGCAGUGAAAUUUUGAAAUUUGAAAUCCCCGAUUUGUUGGAUGUUAAUCCCUUCAUGCAACUGUAAGGGCACCGAGUUUGUUUUCUUUUUUCCUCAGAUGAUAUCUUGUAAAAUUGCUUAUAAUUAAUUAAUUAUGAUUAUCCAUUUUCACGAUUAACCUUUCUGAAUUUGGAAGCAAAAUCUCACCUUCCCCUUCCCACGCUCUUGCAUGUCAAUC